UCAGAAGCCCUUCAGUGCGACUCCAGGUUUUGGAGAAACUCUAAACCGAACUAUGCAAGGACCAGUCUAGAGUUGUAAAUAACUCGUCACCAUCAUCGUUAUUUGCCGCGUCGUGUAACCGUGGGCGAUCAUGGGUCUUUGACCAUGAUUGUUCUUUUGGCAGAUUUUCCUGUAGAAGUGAUUUAACAAUGCCGCGUUCUGGGCAGUUUCUUUAACAGACUGGUGGCCCCCAGCCUUCAGAGACUAUCUGCCUGGCACCAGUGGUCACAUAACCAGGACCAUACCCCACCUGCCCCCGCUGUUUCUUAUGACCCUGAUCGAGGGGCUAAGCAGGUGCUACACCUAGCUCAAGGGUGACCUGCAGGCGAGCGGAGGGAAGGGGCGCCUUAUACCGCCUUUGGUAGAGGCGUAUCUCCACCCCGCUACCCAGUUAAUCGCCACCUUCUUACCAACAUUUCCAGCAUUUUAUCCUUUGGUAUUCCCUUAGAAAGAUUUUCUGGUUUUGUGUAUUCCGAUUUUUACUAACGUCAUUACUCCACGCUAAGAAAUUGUAAUUUUUCAACAGAAAACAGUGCUGCUUUUUCUUUCCCCGUAUCUUUUUAAACUUAAUCUGCUUCACAUGUUGCGGUGGUAGUAACGGGGGCUAAGAGUACGCGUGCGCAUGAACUUGCAGCGAGACGGAAGUGAAGGGCAUCAUUGAAAACCAAAAAAGACUGCAAAUGCUAUAAAUCUCAAAUAAAAGCAGAAAAUGUUGGAAAUAGUAGGUCAGGUCGCAUCCGUGGGAAAAGAAACAGUCUCUCAUUCAAGUCGAAGGAAGAAGCAACAAAGAAGGACCUUGACUGAUGGUAUUAAUUUUGCAAUUUGUGAAUAAAUAUCUAACUUUAAAUUGAACAUGUCCAGAGUGAAAUUAGGAGCAACAAGAUCAACUGGUAAUGUGAAACACAAAACUACAUCUGCGGAGCCUGAUCCAUCAGCCAGGAAGCCUCCAGAUUUUACAGGAAUAUCAGGUGUAAGCAUGCCCAUUCCAGAAACAAAAUCAUUGACUGCACAUUUUGAUGCCAUUAAAGUACAUAAAGGGCAUACAAAGAAAAGUGUAAGUGAAAAACAUGAAAUUUCUGCUAAAGAUGCUACAAUUAAAGAUUCCACAUAUGAUCAAAAACAACUGAUGGAAAGGAUUAGUAUGCUAGAAAAAGAAAAUGCACAGCUAAAAGCACAACUAAAAGAAAAAGAAGUAACCAUAAACAAUAUCAGUAAACAAAUGCAACAGGAGAUUUCUGAAUACAACGAUUUGGUUAAACUUGAGUACCAAUCCCAUGAAUGGUUAAAAGAAAAAUUAAAACAAGCUGAAGCAUUGGCAGCAGAAAAGUUCCACUGUCUUCAUGAGUGUAGGAAGGAAUUUGAAGAAAAAACUGAGCAUCUCAAGAAGUUGUAUGAAGAAAAAAUAGCCACAAUGACAAGAGAAAAAGCGUCAGAAAUCGCAUGUAGAGAUGAGAAGAUAAGAAAAUUGAAGCAACAAGUUUCAGAAAUCCUACAAGGAAAAUCUUGGGAACGUCAGCAACAGUUGGAUGAACUAAAAAAAGAAAUAAUACGUUUAACAGAGGAAGCAAGUACACUUCAAAAAAAACUUCAAUUCCAACAAUCUUUCUAAAAGGACUAAAAGCUGCAAAUGCUUGUCAUUGAACCUUGAAGACAAUCUACCAAUAACAUUUAAAGAGAUGAUGAACCACACUGAACCUUCCAAUGCUUCGAACAGUGUGCAGCAAAUACAUCAAAACAUCAUGUUCAUAAAAUUAUCUUAUGCAGCUUCUGAAAUUAUAAAUUCAAGUGGUACAUUCAAACUACAAAUUUAUAUUGAUUGUUGUUUUGCUGUUGAGGGCACUUACUUAGAAAACCAAAAUCCAGGCCCCAAAAAAAGAUUAAAGACUAAUUAGUGGUGUGGACAAGGUUAGAGACAAGCAAGAGAACAGCUCCCAACUCCACCAUAAUCAACAUUAUUAGAACGUGUUGUAGAAAUAUAUAUAUAUAUCUCCAAAAAGGAUUUAAAUUUAAAUUCUUGAAGGACCAUCAUAUAAUGAAGAGGCAGAAGGAUCUAAAUGUUAGGGAUUUGGCAGCUGAAGGCAUGGACACUUAUGGUAGAGAUAUUUAUCAUGAUUAAAGAGACAGGUUUAGAGUAGAAAGAUCUUGAAUGAUUGUAGAACUGAACAAAAUUUAGAAACACUGCUGGUAUUGGUUUAUCUCAGUAAAUGUGACAAUAAUAAAAUGAACAUUUUUUGUUUUGCAUACUAUUCAGAUUAUUCCAUACAUAAUUCAUCAAGACAGUAAAAAAAACAGAAUGCAGAAUAAAGUAACACACACAAAAUAUUGGAGGAAUUCAGAAGGUCAAGCAGCAUCAAUUGAAAUGAAUAAAGAUUUGAUGAUUCAGACCAAGGCCCUUCUCCAGGACUGUAAUAGAAGGAGGAAGACACCAGAAUAAAAAGGUGAGGGGAGGGAAAGAAGGCUAGCUGAAAGGUGAUAGGUGAAGCCAAGAGGGUGUGAAAGGUAAAGGGUUGGAAAAGAAAGAAUCUGGUAGGAGAGGAGAGUAGAUCAUAGGAGAAAAGGAAGGAAAUAGAAAGGAAGUACAGAAUGUACUGCAUUUACAGAGAGAAUGCAGUGCAGAUAGACAAGUGCAAGGGCCAUGAUGUUGACCAAAUAUUCAUUUUUAGCAUCAAGUUUGCUAACAUAAUCAGCAACAUGUUUAAUAUCACUAACAUAUGUUGUGAAGUCUGUUGUUUUAAGACAGGUUUUGAAUCUUGUUGAUUAGAAUGAGCUGCCUGAAGUAAAUAUUGCUGUUGACCAGAUGGUCCAAUACUGAGUGGAGAGCCAGAGCCAGAAUGCAUGACACUUCAUACCAGAUGUUCCUGGUCUGGUGAACAGGACUGGGACAGAACAACCACAUCUGUGCACCAUAAUGAGUUAACCAUAGAACAGUAGCUGCCAUUGAGGGAUCUGAAUACAAGAUUGAAAACUACAAAGUGGAGGCUUGCUUAAUUAGGGUAAAUGCAAAUCAAAGUAAUGAAGCAGAGUGAUUAAGACUUGCAAGUUAGGAUAUGGGCCCUAGAGUUCCAACUGUCCUUGCAUAUGCCAAUGAGAAAGGCCGAUGAGGAAUUAAUUGGAAUAAUCCAAAUGAGGGGCAGCAAAAACAUUGAAAAAUAAUAAACAAGGUAGUAAAAAGGAAGAAAGUCUGAAAUUUAGAUGGAGAACAAAAUCGAUGGCUUUGGUCUUCCUAAUACUAAUUGGGGGUAAUUUCCAUUCAUUCAACCCUAUGUAUUGAAAGGUCAUAAUUGAGAAACAGAAGGGGCAAAAGACAUAGAAGUAGAGCCAAGUGGUAUCAAUGCAGAUAUGAAAUCCAGAACUUUAUAUGAUGCUGAUGAGAGGCAACAGAUAUUCUGACAAACAUGAUGCAUGGUAACCAUUAUAGAUGAUUCUUACGACUACAAUCAUUACCAAAGAAUGGAAACAAAACCUAGAACCUGAAACCUCUGUUAAAUGAUGGCAGAAAGGUGUUAGAGGAGGAUAGUGUGAUUAAAACAAAAAAAAAGCAAUGGACAGGGAGAGGAGGAUUAACUUAGUCACAUUGGAUGCUAGUUGUAUCUUUGACAAAGCUAAAAACUUGUCUCAAUGUAUUCCAGGAAGAAUGUCUAUACAUUUAGGAGCUUACAUGUUAGACAGAUUGAAAAGUGUUGAUGACAGAUUUGGAGGCAAGGCCCAGUCACCCAAAAGUUAACUAUAUCAGCCAACACAGAUAUCAGGAAGGGAAGGUACGUGGUCAGAAAUUUAACAGGAAGGGCUGAAGGAACUAACGUCAUCUCUGAAUUCCAUCUAGCAUGAGGAAGAACGAUUUGAGUAACAUUUCUGCAUUUCUCAAAAAAAAGAUGGUAAUAUUAUGGUGUAUUGGCCUUCAUCAAUUGCGGAAUUGAAUUUAGGAGCCGAGAGGUAAUGUUGCAGCUACGUAGGACCCUGGUCAGACCUAUUUGGAGUCCUGUGCUCAGUUCUGGUCGCCUCACUACAGGAAGGAUGUGGAAGCCAUAGAAAGGGUGCAGAGAUUUACAAGAUAUUGCCUGGAUUGGGGAGCAUGUCUUAUGUAAACAGGUUGAGUGAACUCAGCCUUUUCUCCUUGGAGCAACGGAGGAUGAGAGGUGACCUGAUAGAUGUGUAUAAGAUGAGAGGCAUUGAUCAUGUGGAUAGUCAGAGGCUUUUUCCUAAGGCUGAAAUGGUUACCACAAGAGGACACAGGUUUAUGGUGCUGGGGAGUAGGUACAGAGGAGAUGUCAGGGGUAAGUUUUUUUACUCAGAGUGGUGAGUGCGUGGAAUGGGCUACUGGCAAUAGUGGAGGGUCUUUUAAGAGACUUUUGGAUAAGUACAUGGAGCUUAGAAAAAUAGAGGGCUAUGGGUAAGCCUAGUAAUUUCUAAAGUAGGGACAUGUUCGGCACAACUUUAUGGACCGAAGGGCCUGUAUUGUGCUGUAGGUUUUCUGUGUUUCUAUCAUUGUGGUUAAU